AUGACUCUAGAAUGCGAGUUGUUAUCGGAAGAGGACACCGUCCCACUUUGUGAUAGCGAGAAUGUUAGCACCAGUGCUAAUAAGGCGACGUCACUCACAGCUCUUGUUGCUCUACAGGGAACGAGUAACUGCUGCAGGCUGCUGCUGCUCUUGGCAGCCGCGGCAACCGCAGCUGCAGGUGAACAAACUUCCGCCGGCGCAGGAGCGUGCCGCUCUGAUCAGUUUGGGUGCGCCAACACCGGCCGCUGCAUACGCGAGACAGCGCGGUGCAACGGUUCCAACGGCUGUGGCGACGGCAGCGACGAGCUCGACUGUUGCACUGGCGACCACUUCGAGUGUGGCGACGGCAGAUGCAUCCGCAAGCGUUGGGAAUGCGACGGCUGGAAUCACUGCGGGGACUGGAGUGAUGAGAAACAUUGUGCGUACGCGUGCCGCUCUGAUCAGUUUAAGUGCGCCAACACCGGCCGCUGCAUACGCGAGACGUCGCGGUGCAACGGAGACAACGACUGUGGCGACCGCAGCGACGAGCUCGACUGCUGCACUGGCUACCACUUCGAGUGCGGCGACGGCAGAUGCAUCCACAAGCGUUGGGAAUGCGACGGCUGGAAACACUGCGGUGACUGGAGUGAUGAGAAGCAUUGCGCAUGCCGCUCUGAUCAGUUCAAGUGCGCCGACACCGGCAUCUGCAUAAACGAGACGCGGCGGUGCGACGGAGACAAUGACUGUGAUUACGGCAGCGACGAGCGCGAUUGCUGCACCGGCGACCGCUUCAUGUGCGACGACGGCACAUGCAUCUACAAGCGUUGGGAAUGCGACGGCCGGGACAACUGCGGGGACUGGAGUGAUGAGAAACAUUGCGUGUGCCGCUCUGAACAGUUCAAGUGCGCCAACACCGGCCUCUGCAUAGACGGGGCGCGGAGAUGCAACGGAGCCAACGACUGCGGCGACAACAGCGGCGACUACAGCGACGAGUUCGGCUGUGCUAACUGGCGACGUGAGUAA